UUUAAUCUGUAACAGGUAGGGGAGAGGGGGAACCAGGAAGGACUGGGGAUUGGCGGAGGUGGCAGAGCUGGGAUAAUAGAAAAGGAAGUGGGGCUGACUCAGCAAUGUGAAUAAACACCUUGGGGGCCACCUGGCCACACAGGAAAUACCUCAGCUCAUCCCAGGCCCCCUCAAGGUGUGUGAUCCCAUGUUAAUCCAUACAUGGAUGUGUUACUGCCCUUAACUGUGUAUAUGCAAAGUACAGCUUCCUCUGCACACUAGACUCCAAACUCCUUGAGUGUGUGGCAAGAACAGUGGGCGUGUAGUAGAUGCUCAAUAAAAUUGUUGUAGUGAUUGACAAAGCAAGCGGAGAGAAUAGUCUUAUUUUUGCCAAAUAUCCAGAUUCUACUCUUCAGCCUUCUAAUUGUUCCCUGAAGGAUGUACUUUCAAUUCUUUUCACAACAUAUCUCAUUGUAUAUGCGAAAUUAGCUGAGCAGACCCUUCUUCCCUUCCUCACAGCAUCCCCAGAAGCUUCAACUCUGGAGGCGAUGGGCCGAAAGGAAGACGAGGACUGCAGCUCCUGGAAGAAGCAGACCACCAACAUCAGGAAAACCUUCAUCUUCAUGGAAGUGCUGGGAUCAGGAGCUUUUUCAGAAGUUUUCCUGGUGAAGCAAAGGAUGACUGGGAAGCUCUUCGCCCUGAAGUGCAUCAAGAAGUCGCCAGCCUUCCGGGACAGCAGCCUGGAGAACGAGAUCGCUGUGCUGAAAAAGAUCAAGCAUGAGAACAUCGUGACCCUGGAGGACAUCUACGAGAGCACCACGCACUACUACCUGGUCAUGCAGCUCGUUUCUGGUGGGGAGCUCUUUGACCGGAUCCUGGAGCGGGGUGUGUACACGGAGAAGGACGCCAGCCUGGUGAUCCAGCAGGUCUUGUCAGCUGUGAAGUACCUCCACGAGAAUGGCAUCGUCCACAGAGACUUAAAGCCUGAAAACCUGCUGUACCUCACUCCUGAAGAGAAUUCUAAGAUCAUGAUCACAGAUUUUGGUCUGUCCAAGAUGGAACAGAGUGGAGUCAUGUCCACUGCCUGUGGGACCCCAGGCUACGUUGCUCCAGAAGUAUUGGCCCAGAAACCUUACAGCAAGGCUGUGGAUUGCUGGUCCAUUGGCGUCAUCACUUAUAUAUUGUUGUGUGGGUAUCCUCCUUUCUACGAAGAAACUGAGUCUAAGCUCUUUGAGAAGAUCAAGGAGGGCUACUUUGAGUUUGAGUCCCCAUUCUGGGAUGACAUUUCUGAGUCAGCCAAGGAUUUUAUCUGCCACUUGCUGGAGAAGGACCCAAAUGAGCGGUACACCUGUGAGAAAGCCUUGAGGCACCCCUGGAUUAAUGGAAACACAGCCCUCCACCGGGACAUCUACCCAUCAGUCAGCCUUCAGAUCCAGAAGAACUUUGCCAAAAGCAAAUGGAGGCAAGCCUUCAAUGCAGCAGCCGUGGUACACCACAUGAGGAAGCUGCACAUGAACUUGCACAGUCCGGGCGUCCGCCCAGAGGUGGAGAACAGGCCUCCCGUCAAUCAAGCCUCAGAAGCUUCAAGACCCAGCUCUCCUGAGAUCACCAUCACUGAAGCCCCCGCCCUGGACCAGAGGGCGGCACUCCCCGCCCUGACCCGGCUACCCUGCCAGCACAGCCCCCGGCCCACCACCCCAGGCCCCAAGUCCCUCAACUGCCUGGUCAAUGGGUCCCUCCGCAUCAGCAGCAGUCUGGUGCCCAUGCAGCAGGGGCCCCUCGCCGUUGGGCCCUGUGGCUGCUGCUCCAGCUGCCUGAGCAUCGGGAGCAAAGGGAAGUCCUGCUACUGCUCCGAGCCCACACUCCUCAGAAAGGCCAACAAGAAACAGAACUUCAAAUCCGAGGUCAUGGUGCCAGUCAAAGCCAGCGGCAGCUCCCACUGCAGGGCGGGGCAGACCGGAGUCUGUCUCAUUAUGUGAUCUCUGGGGGCCGUGCCUGUGUCACUGCAAUUUUCAGGAGAAACUGUCAGCUCGUCUCUGCCCUUUGGAACCUGGGGUCUACUGUGCAGCAGGAGGAAGGGGAGAAGUGGAGCAGGGCCUGGCGGGGACAGUCUCUGAUGAGAAGCAGCCAACUGCUGCCACCUGGGGCAGACCCUCACCAAAGGCCCUGGCGUGAGCCUCCAGGGGCAGAGGUCUCUCAGAAGCUGCAGGCAGGAGGAGUGGCGUCUGCUGGCCUCCAGGUGUCCCUGACCCACCUGCUCUGCGCCCCACACCCUACGUGCCGUGGUCUGUGCAGUGUGUGUAGAUAGCUCCUCCCCAGGUCUGUGUGUUUGUAGUGAAAAGCUUAACAGGCUGGCCAGGCUGUGUCACCUUCAGAGCAAAGCCAUAAGGAGCAUCGGCCCAGACUCCUUACUCAGCACAUACUCGUCCCUGCCUCUCAGGCCUCCGUCCUCACAGCCAGAAUGGACUGGCCCAUCAGCGUAGUCAUCUGUCCGUCUGCAUGAACAACAGGCAGCUCCACGAUCUGCCUGUGAGCUCUCAAAAUUUGAAUCCUUCACUCCAGGGUUAGCUCCCAACUGUGCCAAGCUCCCGCCAGUGUACCCUGGCCCACUUCUGAGCCUCCUCCCGCCCUGCCCCUGUCCAAAGGCAGUGAGUGCCACACCCUCCCAGAAGAAAAAGUUAGAAAUCUGAGGCAAAGUACUGUAAGGAGUUAGGAUCCUGGCCAGAUGCCCUCCACACACACCCAAUUAAGUAAAAAUUGGGAGCUGACUGUUCUCAUUUCAGCAGUAAUUCUAAUCCUGCCUCUGCUCCCCCUCUCUCUUCCUAAAAGUCAGGUACAUCAUUCUCGCCCCUCCCCAGUUUUCUUGCCACCUGACCUCUCACACCAGCUUCAUGCUCAGUGUUGUGCUCAAUA